UGUUGCGAUGGCUUUCGCUGAGAGCGAGUGAUGUUCACUAGAGAUUGCGGUUCGGAAGUUUUCGUUUUCGUUUCAGCUAGUUGGUUGACAUGGUGAGAACAGAUACACAUCACUCCGAAAAGUCAGCUGAUGUGAGAAACCGUAAGUUAGUGGCGUGAAGAUGCGUGAUGGUUUAGUGCAAUAUGAAUAGUGUGUUCAAUAUGAUGACUUCAUUAUACGCAUGAACAGAAAAGCAAGUGACUAAUCCAGGAAGAGUGACUGUAUAGUGAAUGAAGAUGACAUCUUGAGCGCUAAAGCUUACGUGUAUUUAAAAUUUAAAAGACGUGCAAACAACUGUUUCUCACGUAUAGUCGACAAGUUUUCGUAAUAGUAAUAUGUCAUUGGUUUUUGACAAGCAUUCUAACUAUUCUAUAAAAAAAAUAUUAACGUAAUUAAGGGUUACCAUUCAUCAACUUCCAUAAAUCUUAGGUCUUCUUACUUUCAUGAUAAAAAGAUCGUAAUUAUACGUUCAAAAUGCCAACUGUGAUAUCAAAAUACAUUGACAAUACUGUGGCCAAGUAUAAUAUUCCCAGGGAGCAUUUUACUAGGAGUGUAGUGGCGGCCGCAGUUUUUCUGUACGGCCUAAAACUAGGAUAUCCGUAUAUACAGUCAUUAUGUAAGAAUAGCACACUUAAUAGUUCACACCAAAAUGGACAUCCUUCAAUUAUUAGUAGUACUGCUGACGGUGAAAACUGUGUACACUCUCCCACAAAUAACAAUAACAAUAAUAAAGUGGACAAUGGAAAAUCUGACAUGAAUGGUGUUAAAAACAAUGAGGCUGUAGUUCUGAAGCGUAGGAAGUCGCCAGGUAUUAACAAGGAAUUUAUAAUACAACUUCAGAAGUUAGUCAAAUUAAUGAUACCUGGUAUAUGGACAAAAGAAAUUGGAUUGUUAUCAAUGCACACACUUGCAUUGGCAACAAGGACUUUCUUAUCAAUUUAUGUAGCAUCAAUGGAAGGCCAAAUUGUGAAGUAUAUUGUGAGAAAAGAUAUGAAAAAUUUUUCCAUCAUGUUGCUCAAAUGGUUGGGCGUUGCAGUUCCAGCAACGUUCAUCAACUCAAUGAUUCGGUACUUGGAAAACAAACUGGCUCUCGCUUUCAGGUCACGGCUGGUGAGCCAUGCGUACAGCCUGUACUUUCAAGAACAAACCUACUAUAGAGUAUCAAAUCUCGAUGGACGCAUUGAAAACGCAGAUCAUCGUCUGACUGAUGACAUCACUGCAUUCACAUCAUCUGUAGCCCAUCUGUACUCUCACAUCACAAAGCCCCUUUUCGACUGUCUCCUAAUAGCUAUUGCAUUGGCGAGGACAAACCAGAAAAUGGGUGCAGCUAUCAUACCUGGUCCUCUUCUGGCAACAGUGGUAAUAUCACUAACUGGGCAGAUACUAAAAGCAGUAUCACCAAAGUUUGGCAGCCUAGUGGCAGAGGAGGCAAACAGGAAAGGUUACCUGCGACACAUCCAUGCCCGGAUUAUUACAAAUGCAGAGGAGAUUGCGUUCUAUGGUGGCCAAAAGGUUGAGUUGGGCCAUCUAGAAAGGGCAUAUACUUCCCUCGUGGACCAGAUGAACACCAUAUUCUCCCAACGCCUCUGGUAUGUGAUGUUGGAACAGUUCCUCAUGAAAUAUGUAUGGAGUGGUACUGGAAUGAUCAUGGUCUCACUUCCCAUCCUCACCAGCAGUCAUCGUGAAGAACAUGAUUCCUCACCAGAUGGUGGAGUGAGUGAGAGAACGCAGUACUUCACAACGGCAAGAAAUCUCCUAAGCUCAGGGGCUGAUGCUGUUGAAAGACUCAUGUCUUCAUAUAAGGAGAUUGUUGAACUGGCCGGUUAUACUUCACGGGUAGGAGACAUGUUAGACGUUUUUGAAGAUGCAAGCCAUGGGAAAUACCAGCGUACUGUUGUGACAACUUCAGAAUCUAAACAUUCAUCUAAAAACAGUACCUUCAGAAUGGAGUUCAAGAAUGGACAGCCUGUCGUGAAAGGUGUUGUUCGUGAGACAAGGGAUGGAACUAUAGUACUGGAGAAUGUGCCAAUUGUGACACCCAACUGUGAUGUGGUUUGUCCUAACCUCACUCUCACAGUCACCCCUGGCAUGCAUCUGCUUAUUACUGGACCCAAUGGCUGCGGCAAAUCAUCUUUGUUUAGGAUAUUAAGUGGACUUUGGCCAGUUUACAGUGGGGAGAUGAGGAAGCCGGCCAGUUCUGAUAUGUUUUACAUUCCUCAGAGACCAUACAUGUCAUUGGGGUCUCUAGCAGAUCAAGUGAUCUACCCAGAUACAGUGGCUGACAUGAGGAGGAAAGGCAUGACUCUGGGGCACCUGGAACGCUGCCUGAGGCUUGUACACCUUGAUCAUAUUGUGGAACGUGAAGGCGGAUGGCAUGUAGCCACGGAUUGGAAGGAUGUCCUGUCUGGUGGUGAAAAGCAGCGCAUGGCAAUGGCCAGGCUCUUCUAUCAUAGGCCUAAAUUUGCUUUGUUGGAUGAAUGCACCAGUGCAGUCAGCAUUGAUGUAGAGAGCAAUAUCUAUCAGGAAGCAAAAGUAGCUGGCAUCACGCUUCUCACCAUUACGCACAGACCAUCCCUGUGGAAGUUUCAUACACAUCUCCUGCAGUUUGAUGGAGAGGGUGGUUGGAAGCUGGAGUCACUGGACUCAACAGCUCGUCUCUCUCUGAAAGAAGAGAAAGAGAAACUGGAAGCUCAACUUGCAGGUGUUCCAGAUGCUCAGGAAAGACUCAAGGAGCUGUGCAAGGUGUUGGGUGAAGACACGUCUUCCAUUCCUGUGGAAACUACAGAUUGAGCACAAGUCCAUAAUUUCUGUAUGAUAAGAUUACUCCACAAGACUACCAAAUCUUUUUACACUGGUACCUUCCAAUUUUAAGAAUAAUAUAAACAUUAUUCUGUACAACAAUUCAAGUUGAAAGUAGUUUUAUUGAGGACGCUUCUUUUAUCUUUGUCAUUUCUCUUUCGAAUCUUCAGACUUCUUUUAUAUCUAUGAAACUAAGUAGAAUCUAUUUAAGGCCUGUAUAGUAUAUUAUCGUAUCAUCAGGUGAAGAGUGCAUGGCACUCUCAAAGUUCGAAAUAUUAUAUUUAACUAUUAUUAUAAUAUAAGAAUAUCCCUUAGAUGUAUAUGUUUGGAAAGGUAUACUCAUGCUCACUGUAGCAUUUCUUGAAAAUCUAUUGAAAAUUUUUCUCAAAUAUUACGUAUUACAGGGUUUAUAUCAGAACAUUUUUAUUCAUAAUUAUACAUCAUAUAAAUUAUAUGGAAAUUUUUGAUGUUCAUAUUUGUUUAUGUGAAUCAUGACCAGUGCUUUCAGUAGUAGUAUUACGAUUUUGUUGUGCUGCAGUUUAUUCUGUUUUCUUAUAUCAUAGUGCAGAGCAUUUUGAUUUUUUAUUUUCUUCCUAAAGCAAAAGUGAAACUUAGUAUGUUUAGAAAACUAAGAACAAGGCAGUACAUAUAAGAUUUGAGGUUCUGACAGCGGUGGUUGUGAAGAGUUCUUAUGCUGUGUAGUCUAUUGAAAGUCAACCAACAUUUCUGAGGAACAUGUCACCUUGCUGCUCACCACAUGCUUUCACGCUCGUUUCUUGUUCAGCUUGCUCUUUGACCCUGAAGAUGGAGACAACAUGUUUCUCCAAAUUGUUGGUUGACUUUCAUGGACUGUAUGGCGCUGUAUCCAAGAAGAUAAAACUCUCAAGGCACAGCCACAUUACUCGUGCUUUUAAAUCUUUGUCUACACUACUUCAGU